AUGGCUUCACAAUCAUCCGACCCGCAAACGAACGGCGUGCCAGCCUCCUCAGGCGCCUCCGGCUCACAAACCGCGCAAUCGCAACAACCAAGCAACCAAAACGCACAGCAGCAGCAACAGCAACACCAGCAGCAGUCAUCUUCAUCAAAUCCCCUCGGGAGCAACGCAUCGGCCCCGCGCCCGCGCGAUUCGCGCAUGAUCGAGCUCCUCCUCACCUCCCAGGGCGUCACCUCGUACGAGGCCCGCGUGCCCCUCCUCCUCCUCGACUUCGCCUACCGCCACACCUCGAGCAUCCUCGGCGACGCAAUCUACCUCUCCGGGGACCCCUACGUCGCCCAGGCCGGCUCCAAGCCGACGGCCGGUGCCGCGGCGGCGGCCGCCGGCACGGGUGACGCUGCCGUGACCGCCAACGCAGUCAAGCUCGCCAUCUCGGCGCGCUUGGGAUACCAGUUCCGCGGGGGCGGCGGCGCGGGAGGCGUGUCCAAGGACUGGCUGCAGGAGCUCGCCCGCGAGCGGAACAAGGUCCAGCUGCCCAAGGUCGCGCAGAACGAGUGGGGCCUGAGGCUGCCGAGCGAGCGCUUCGUGCUCAGCGGCGUCAGCUGGGGCCUGAAAGAUGUUUGGGAGGAGGCCGGCAUCGAGGACGACGAAGAGGAAGAGGAAGAUGCUGGUGCAGGCGGUGCCAUGGAGGGCGUAGAGACGACGAACAACCAGAACGACGCUGCGGAUGAGGAUAUUGGCGGAGACGGCGUCGAGGGAGGCACGAUGGAGGAUGUGUUUGGCAAGGACGUGAACGAAGAUGCGGACAUGGGAGGGACGUCUUAG